CGACUUCCAAAAAUAAGGUCGUGUGCAUUUGGAUCAACUUAAUUUGUGUUGAUUUGCUUAUUUUCUUCGCAUAAGCUGGGAUUAGGACUUGAUCUGUAACAGUUUCAUGGCUUCAUCUAGUGGGACAUCAUCAGGUUCAUCUGGGGUUCAGAACUCUGGUUCUGAAGAAGAUCUUCAGCAAUUGAUGGAUCAGAGAAAGAGGAAGAGAAUGAUUUCGAACCGGGAAUCAGCACGGCGAUCCCGGCUGCGAAAACGGAAGCAAUUGGAUGAUCUAAUGGCAGAAGAGGCUAAAUUUAGGAUGGAAAAUAAUCAGAUUAUCUCAAGACUGAAUAUCACCACUCAGCAUUAUCUCAACAUGGAGGCUGAGAAUUCAAUUCUCAGAGCUCAAGUGACUGAACUCAGCCAGAGACUGCAAUCUCUCAAUGAAAUCAUAAGUUUCUUGAAUGCUAACAAUGGUGGUUUUGGCAUUGAGGAGAAUCAUUCAAUUGCAGGUUCUGCUUAUAAUAACUUCAUGAACCAAUCUUGCAAUUCUCUCUUUUUCAAUCAGCAGCCUAUUGUGGGUAUGCCAGAUUUCUUGCAGUAUUGAUUUGCGCACUUCUUUGGCUUAUUUGGAAAGUUGGACAUGACAAUGUUAAGAAUCAGUAUUGUGCACUAAACUUGUAGCGGAUGAAGAUUUUCCAUUGGUGUAAAUCUAAAUUUAUGAAGAAAUAAUGAAAUUGGAGGGGUGUUGACUUCUUUGGUUUUCAA